AAGCGCCAGUUCACGGUGGGGUUACGUGCUGGCUUCCUGAGUGGAACGCAGUGACGUUACGGGCACCAGCUGGUGGAACGUUGAUACAAUGGCCGCGCCGUUCUAUAGGCUGAUGUCUCGAUGUAGCCGUUUGUCCAGGAGGACCUUCUCCCUGGCUCUGCUCCAUAGCAGGAGUCGAAGGUGGCAAAGAGUGGCGCUGGGGCUGGGUGCAACUUUGGCCGCUGUUCCCGUUUCACAGUCACAGUCUUCAUCAACGUCUCUCGCUCACGAGGAUUUAAUCAAACGGGCUGUCUCAUUAGUAACUGACGGUGCCAAUACUUUUCUGUCACAAACAACACUUGCACUUAUUGAUGCUUUGACAGAAUAUACUAAGGCUGUCCACACCUUGAUAUCACUUCAGCAGCAGUAUACUGGUCUUGUUGGCCACAUAAGCGAUAAAGAGGAAGAUGCCAUUUGGCAGGUCAUAAUUGAGGCUCGUGUAAAGAGUAACAUGUAUCGAGAAAAAUAUCUGAGUUUUGAGUCUAAGUGGAUGACUGCAAUCAAGGUGUCUGAGAUGGCAGCAGAGGCUGCGUAUCAAGCAGAUGUGUUAUAAUCAAGGGAGGAUCUCAUGUUGCAAAGAGAAAUCAAGAUCAUGGUAGAAGCUGAAAUCUGGAAAAAGCACAUAAUGGGAACAGAAAGCCAACCUGUCUCAUGAUAUUCAACAGAGUUCACCAACCUUCUAAUGUACAAAAAUACAAAAACAUCUUAUGAUAGACUACCACAAAAUGUCUUCAACAUUUGUAGGAUUGAGCAAAAGUCUCCAUCAUCUAAAAUACUUGACCAAAACCCUGGACUUUGCAAAAAACUUGUAAAAGAAAGGUGGCAGCUGGGCUGAACUCUGGGAAAAGUACACAGACACAGAGAUGGCUGCCUAGAACUAUUGUUCAGCCUGGAAUUCCAAAUUACACCUCCACUGAGAACAACCAACCAAACCUAAACUAACUUUUACACCUCGGGCUACCCAACACAGACUGAAUGGCGCCUAUACAGAUAACAAACAUUCAAAUUCAAUCGAUAUUCAUUCACAGAGAUAUCAGGAAUUCAACUUCAAUCAAAGUCCAUUUACACAUACUCUUAACUAUCGGGAAGCCAACUGACUUCAGAGAGAGCACCAAUAACACAAUGGCAAGUGCAUAUUUGGUGCGAAGAUAAGAGGCCCAUGAUUAGUAUAAUUGCAGGCCCCGACCCCACGUAAAGAGCUAUUCCCACAACUAUCUCCAGAAGGGAGAUCACAACAGUAAUUCCAAAACCUAUCUACAUAGGCCUGAUUCAUACCAGGGAACCAACAGCAACAGACCUAAAAUCCGACAGCUUCCAAAAACCACCCACUGGACCAACACCACAAGGCCUCAGGCACAUCCUGAGGUGAAAACCGGCCCUCAAAAACACCAAAAAGUGAAGAAAACCAAGUACUCACCUGAUAAAUCCAAUACGCAUCCUACCAUGACAGCGGACUCAACCCAUACUGAAGGCCUAUACCGUCUGAGGUCUUCAUCAAGGCACAGGCUAAGGCAAGUGGGAAUGGUCAGCUGUACUUCAAAAUCGUGUUUUUCCCCAGUGGUGAGCUUAAACUUUUGAGACCCCAAAGUUUCCAACCUUGCUAGCAGGGAGGGGAAGGUGGGCACUGGCAGUGCAGGAACCCCAAAGGUAGGAAGUCUGAUUAAAGUUUUCUGUGAUUAAAACUGUUCAGUUCUAAUAGUGUUUAACCUGUAUUUGGUUUAAUAGUGUAUUUAAUUACUGUCCUUUAUAUAGUUGAUCGUGUCAAUUUCACUGCUUAUUACAUUUGCCUUUAUCUCUUGUAUUAUACUUAGCUUUUGUAAUUAAUGAACGCAGAGAUUUUUUUUGCCCUGAAACACCUGUCUACUGCCUUCUUCAUUUCACACUCCUAGAUAAGUUCAGUGUCAGAACCAGGGAUCUUGAGGGUGAUCAGCAAAUUGAUAAUUGCAAACCAGAACCUUUGAUACUAGAACACUGUUUCAGAUGUGGAAUUAAGAGAAAGACACAAGCAAAAACAAUGUAUAUCCAUUAAAACAACUAUGCCAAUGCAACUUCUGUACGAAGAUAUUGGGGAGAAUAUAACAGCAUUAUGUGAAAAAAAUGCCUUGGCCGAAGAGAUUGAAACUCCAGCCCUCCAAUAGCGAAAUGCUUGACAUAGGCAGAAAAUCCCUCAAAUUCAAAGAGUUACAGAAGGUGCUGUUAAAAAAGCAGAGAUCAAUAUUACGUGGAACUGACCUAUGCCAUCAGAAAACAAAACUUUUCACUUCUGAGCAGAAAAACAUGCACAGCUCUUAAAUUACUGUGGUAUGUUGAAGAAACUCAAACAGCUCAGAGCCAAAUACCAGUGAUCAGUUUAACUCUACUCAACAACAGUCGGUCUAAGAAGGAAAUUUACUAAACCUAAAAGAAAAGAUGCACCACUCAAGAUUAAUUAUGCUGUUGACUGAUAACUUUUUCAUGAUUAACAGAUCAGAUUGUCUCCCAACCACAGACAAAUCUUCAAAAUCUGAUCAUUGGAUAUUCUUGACACCACAAUCACCACAAUUUUGCAAUAGAUUCUACAUACACUCAGCUCAAAAAUAUCUCAGUUAGCAUUACUGUCUAUGACUGAACUUAA